AUGACUGCAGAUGAUUCAAGCCUAGUUCCCCAAAUCACAGACGCGAGAAACAGACAAUGGGCAAUCAAAACCGCAAAAGACGACCCAACUCUCUUCCCAAAACUUGCAACAGGCCAACACCCAGAAAUUCUCUGGAUCGGCUGCUCCGACUCCCGCUGCCCUGAAACAGCCAUCCUCGGCCUGCAACCCGGCGACGUCUUCGUGCACCGCAACAUCGCGAACGUGAUCCAUUACAACGACAUGAGCUCCUCCUCCGUCAUCGAAUAUGCAGUCGUGUAUCUGCAAGUCAAACACAUCGUGCUCUGCGGACACACCUCUUGCGGAGGCAUUGCGGCCGCCCUCGCGAACAAUAGGCUAGGCCUCUUAGAUACCUGGCUCAUGCCUCUCCGGCACUUGCGCGAACAGCACCGGGUACUCCUCAGCAGUCUGGACCCGCAGGAAGCCGCGCACAAGCUGGCGGAAAUCAAUGUGCGUCACGGCCUGAGCACGCUGAAGGAGAACAGCGUGGUUCUAGAUGCGAUUGAGGAACGAGGGCUGGAGCUCCAUGGGGUUUUAUAUGAUGUUGCAAGCGGAAUUUUGAGGGAGCUGGACACCGAUGAGCCAAAGGAUGUGAUUCAUGCUCGAAUUGAAUCGUUUAAGACGUUUAGGACUGAGGUUGUGCAUUAA